UCCGUUGUUCCAAGUUACGACAUCACUAAUUACGAAUACUUAGGUUAUAGUGUAACAUCCGGUCAUUAUUUUGGGCUAUCCAGAAGAUAUUUUGCGGCCGGCGCACCACGGAAUGACGAUAUGAAAGGCCGUGUGUUAGUUUUUUCCUAUGACGUUAAUGAAAAAAAAUUAAUUAUCAAAAAUAUAUUAACUGGAACUCAACACGGAGAGUAUUUUGGAUCAGCAAUUACUUCUUGUGAUGUUGAUGGUGAUGGCGAUGAUGAGCUUAUUGUGGGAGCACCACUUUGGAGUGAAACUGGUGAUGAAGGACGCGUUUAUAUUUUUCACAAUAGAUAUUACAGUUACAUGGAAUUAUCAUCUUCCAUUGAUGGAACAGUAGAAAAUGGAAGAUUUGGAUCAUCAGUGAUGUGUCUGGGAGACAUAGACAAAGAUGGAUAUCAAGACAUUGCCGUCGGAGCUCCCUAUGAAAAUGACCAUGGAGCUGUAUUCAUUUUCAACGGCCAGCAGAAGGGACUUUCAACCACCUGGAGUCAGAAGAUAACCGGAGAUCAAUUUCCUGAGACACUCAAAGGUUUUGGAAUUUCUAUUUCCGAACCCAGAGAUGUUGACGGUAACGGGUACCCAGAUUUUGCAGUUGGUGCAUUUAAAUCCAGCCAUGCAGUUUUGUUUCGCUCACACUCUGUCAUUCAUGUUAAUAUUGAUGUUGAUCUUGAUGAUAAUUUUAAGCUUGAAACUAAUAGUUCUUCAUUUUUUAUCAAAGUUUGUUGCUCUUACGACGGAAUACGCGCACCAGACUCUAUAAGAAUUAUUAAGCAGUUGACUAUUGACCCAAUGGAAGGACGUGCGUAUCUACAAACAAUUCGUAAAAUAAAUGGAUCGUAUCAUGCUUUUGAUGAAUUAUCCUACGGAAAAACUCGCUGUGAAAGAUUUAAAAUAUUAUUGCAGGAAAAUUUAAUAAAUGUAUUCGACCCAAUCGAGAUAAAGGCAUCAAUUAUUUUGGACACACCUGAAAUUGAUAACCAAAAUGCGGAAUCGCGUGAUAAUUUUUGUUAUAAUUGUCCAGUGAUCAAUAAACAGCGUUCAAAGACUGAAGAUGUUAUUAAGCUUCCAUUCGCCGUAGAUUGCGGUCCUGAUGAUGUUUGUCGUUCAAACAUUACAUUAGACGUAACCACAAACUUUGAGGGCAAUAGAUACAUUAUAGGAACACGGCAGGCAAUAAACGUUUCAAUUAAUGUUAAUAAUUAUGGUGAAGGAGCUUAUCAAGCUUACCUCAAUAUAUUUUUACCAAUAUUUCUCACCUUAGCAAGUGUUCCUCUUAAUUGCGAUGAACACACUAAGGAUAAUGGCGAGUUGAUUGUUUGUUCUAUAGGGAACCCUCUUAAAGAUAACCAAACUGUUCUAUUGGAAAUAGACGUUAUGGUAAAUAGUGACCGAAAACAAACAAACUUAGAGAUAAGUGUAGAUACACAGAGUGAAAAUAUUAAUUAUGCCAAUAGUAAAGUUAACUUAACAAUCUUCUUUGACGUCGAUGUUGAUAUUGCCGUUGCUGGAAAAGCACAAGAAGAUUUGUAUUCAUAUUUUAAUGAUACAGAAAACGCCUUAGAUACAAUGAGAUUUGAUCACAUUUAUGAAGUUCGUAAAUUUGGCGUUACGUCUAUUGAACAAGCAAUAUUAAAAGUUUUGAUUCCUACUCAUUUGAUGGACGGUGGCAAUUUGAUUGAUAUAGCGACGAUUAAUCGAACAGAAUUAUCGUUGCCUAAAACUAUUAUUAAUAGACACAAUUCUUUUUGUUCGAAUGGAACUAUUGAAGAUCAUACAGAGUUUAAGUACGAUAAUUAUUCUAUUGAAAAAAUUAAUAUCAAAGACAAUUUUGUGAACGUUCUUACGGAUGAUCGUACAUUCUAUGUCAACUGUUCAAAUCCUUUAAUUAUUUGUACGACUAUCUACUGUGUACUACAGACACCCUUGAAUUUAUCAACAGUUGCUGAAAUUAAAUUUACUAUGGACUUGAAAAUAAAAAAUUUGAGAGAGAAUAUAUUGGAAGAAAAAGAUAUAGUUUACUUUGUGUCCAGCGGACAUGUUAACAUAUCAUUACCAGAAGGCAUUGUACAAAUAAAUAACAAUAAUUCAGAUCAUGUAGCGAUAGGAACCACGUUUGUCGAGUCACCUAUAGCUAAACCCGUUGCUGUCUGGAUAAUUGCAUUUUCUGUUGUCCUUGGUAUUAUUUUAUUGAUUAUUUUAAUUAUUGUAUUAGUCAAGAUAGGGUUCUUCAAUCGAAGAAAAAAAGAAGAACUGGAAGCUUUGAAAGCUGAUGAUAAUAGACAAGAUCAAACUCUAGAAAUGAAUUCAUCAACGGAAGUCCUCGAUACAAAUUAGAAAUACUAUUAAAAAAAUUUUAAGUAAAAAAAUCAUAUUUUUGUGUAAUAUAUAAUUAACUAUUAAAUGAUAA